AUGGAGGAAACAUGGUUGACCCGGGCUGUGGAUUUCUGGAACGAAUGGGCGAUCCGGAUUGCUGCCAGUGUGAGCCUGGCCGCGCUUGUCCUCCUGAUGCUCCUCGCCGAGACCCGGCGGCGUAGUGUGCGGCCAGGCUUGACGUUUUCCCUGUGGCUGGUCUACCAGAUCCUGCACUUCGCCGGAAGCUACGCUCUCGGCCACCUCUCCCUCGACGCCACAGGUGAAACGGAGGCAGCGAACCAUGAGCAGGUGCUAAUUGCGUUCUGGGCACCAUUUCUCCUGCUGCAUCUGGGUGGCCCAGACAACGUCGGCGCAUACUCCCUCGACGACGACAAGCUAUCCUGGCGCAACUUUGUUGGGGCCGUCACCAAGGCCCUGGGAGCCGUCUACAUCGUCUACACCAAGAUAUUCCUUGCCGACAGCAGCGGGCUGCUGUCCCUGGCAUCCAUAAUCAUGAUCAUCAUCGGCCUUUUCAGGUUCAUCGAGAUGGCGAUCGCCCUUUUGCGAUCGCUGAGCAAAAAGGCCUGGGACUCAAGCAACAAGAAGCAGGCGCCUAGCACAGUUGAUCUCCCUUGCCGUGGCAAUGAAGACGCCCGGAAGAUUGCUCAGGGACAAUGGCAAUAUUGUGGCUGCCGUGCUCUAUUCGACUCCUCGGUCGAGAUGAAUUCUACCGACCUUGAGACCAGCAAGAAGAUCUUCAACUUGGCAUGGAAGGAGAUGUGCAAGGUGGUCGAAGUAGAAGCCUCCCUCAUGUACGACAUGCUGUACACAAAGGCGUCCGUUGUCUACACCACUGGAGGCUACAUCCUGCGCCUCAUCGCGCCGCUCGCCACCUCCACUGCCAUCGUCCUGUUCUGCCUGUACCCGAAGGACACUGUGGAGCUACCUGACCUCGUUGUCACUUACAUCGUGCUUGGUGCUUCAUUGGUGCUGGAUGUGGUCUGGCUGGUGAUGGCCCUGUCAUCCACCUGGACGUACGUAUUCCUGGCGGCGAGGUCAGGGACUUGGCUUCACCAUAAGGUUCUGUGCGGUGGGUGGUGGUGUGGUUUCCGCCGCUUCGCUAUGUGCCUACAUCCAUGCCGGCUUCUGGGCGAGGAUCCAACCAGGUACAAGAUGUGGUCAGACACCAUUGGGCGGUUCAACAUGCUGCAGGAAUGCACUCGUACUCCUGGUCUCACUGAACGCCUAUGCAGAUGGCUGGCGACCAAUCUGGGAUUGGAAGACGCCUCCAACGAAUACCGCAUCUGGAAGUGUUUAUCCCAGCUUCCGCAGGAUGUGAAGGGAUUGGUGUUCGAACGGAUAAAGGAAAGAUUGUCCGGCUCGAAAACCUACUUCAUGAAGGACAUCAGGGCAUUCUGGGGCCAAGAGGCGGUCAAGAGACGUAACAACAUAUUCGACGGCCUCAUGCUACCUUAUUUUGGUCAUGAAUUCCAGGAGGACAUCCUGUUAUGGCACAUCGCCACCACCAUUUACCUCUGCUCUGGCAAUCAGCCACAGCUCAUCAGUGGUGCAAACGCAGCGGAAACGCAGCGGAACCAUGUCAAGGCGAUCGAGAUGCUGUCAGAAUACCUGAUGUUCCUCGUCAUGUUACGCCCGCACAUGGUACCAGACCCUUCCCUCCGCAGGCUGUGCGACGUUACCAUCCAAGCUUUGAAAGAGGAAUACGUUAAAAAGGAUAAGGAAAAUAAUCCCUGUUGUGCAGCAAGAAAGCAGAAACUUGCCGAGAUCCUGCACUCUCGAGAGAAGUCCAAGAGCCUCAUGAAUUCGGAUGCUAAUAGGCGUCUCGUCUCGGAUGCUGCUCGACUUGCCAUUGCGCUGCAAGAAGUGAAAGCAAAGAAAGUGAAGGAUGUGGUGGAACUCAUUUUUGAUGUCUGGGUGGAUAAGCUGCUCUACGCGUCCGUCCGAUGCACCAGGGAGUCCCAUGCCAGACAGCUUGGCCGGGGUGGUGCCCAGCAGACACCACCUGAAGAAGCCGCUGGGACAUCAAAGGGUCACAGAGAAAUGCUGAAGGACAUCAUCAACACCGACCUGGUGGAUGACCCGAGGCUGACAGCCGAGAACAUAAGGGGCUUCAGGAAAGCCUACAAGGAACUGUAUGACUUUACCAUGGAUGUGAUCACUGACUCCCAGAAGAAAUUAGAAAAACUGCGGGAAGUUGUGAGUGAUCACCAAGAACUCGCGGCUUUGGAAAAGCGCGUCGACGACGAGAAGACGAAGAACUUGUAUCUCGAGAGAGCCAACUCCGAGCUCCAAUGA